AUGGGGCCGAUAAUCGAGGUAGAAAUAUCGGAGGAGUUCGUCGUUGCAAUAAUUUUACGUUGUGUUUUAUUUUUUUCAGAGGGAACUCCGAUUGGGCGAACAGGAACCAAAGAGGAUAGCAACAAGCAGCUGAGAUGGCAGAACUGGGCACCGCUGAGUGGUCUAGCUGUGGCGGGCAAGCCGCGGGCUCUGGACGACGACUCCUACGUGGGCCAGCCGCUGAUGACAGUGGUGCCGUUGCGAAGCCACGACUUCACAGGGCUUGGCUUCAACAUCUGUGGCAACAUGAGAGAUGGCAUCUUCGUCAAGGACGUUCUCCAUCGGGGACCUGCCUCGGAGUCCGGUCGUAUUGUUCCAGGUGACCGAAUUGAGAGCAUCAGGAUCAGUUUUCGCCACAUGGUGUUUGAGGAUGCCCUUACUAUCCUGAGCUAUGCAUCUCCAUACGAGGUCCAGUUAGAGGUGGAGAACGGUUCAUCGUCACGGCCCGCAACAUUGCUUCGCAACAAGCGAGCCUCUGUCAGUCCUGCGGAGCGUAUCUGCCAUCCCUUCUAUCGAAGCCACUCCAUCUCUGAUCUGAUUAAGAUCAAUAAAACUAACCCUUCCAAAUGGGGAAACGAAUCUUCCAUCGCAGAUCUGAGUAAUGGAGACCUGUCAAAGCCAGCGAUCAUCGAUACAUCUCCGAUCGAAAAAAUGCAGAAGGUUGGUGUAAGAGUUUUACCUCCAACAACGAACUCAGAAACCUUGAGGAUUGAAGCUGAGAAGUCUCAGAAUGCCAGAAACUCUGUAAUUGAAAGUGGUCAAGUAUUGACAGUGAGUAAGAACUCUCCUUCCAGUACACUAACAAAACCUGAAAAAUCACCCUCAAAUACAUUAACCAAAACAAGGAAAUCCCCUAUACCUCUAAUUAAACAUACUAUUAGUGAUUUCGAUGAAAUUGAUUUGUCUGAUAGUCGUGAUGAUAAAAUGAGCCAAGGGGAAGGCACCAGAAAAAACACACCUUCUCCUGGUCUAAAAGAAACAAAUGUAAAAUCUUUAUUGGUGAAAGGAUAUAAUAAUUUGAAAGAAAAACUUCACCAUGCCGGAUUAAAGCUUGAAAAAGAAGGUGAAGAGGAGCCACUGCCAAAACGAAAUGAGGUACCUGAGGAAACUGGAACAGUCGAUUCAAAAGUUGAAACAAUAACAGUAAUAAAAAACCAAGAAAUCUUCGUCGACAAACCUGAGGCAUUUUCUUCUGGUGAAGCCCAAGAUAUACCAGAAGAAGUCCAAAAAGCAGGAAUUGCUGCAAGAAGUAACAGAAAAUCAGUCAUUGAAGAUGGUAAGAGUUGGGAUAGACCAGUUUCUGAUUUAUUUAAAGAUGCUGAUAGAGGCAGGAAGGAUAGUAUCAGUGGGGAAAGCUCUAAUGAAGGAGACAUCGCUAGUCAAAAGAAGAAUAAACGGAAAGCUCCUCCGCCACCACCAACAAAAUCUGAGGAAGAUUUGGAGACACUGAAAGCACCAUCAGAAACUGAUGAAGUCGAUAGCAAAGAUAGUUUGUCAGAGAAGAACAACAGUAUGGAUUCAGUAGAUACAGACUCAGAACAAGGAGAUAAGAGUGGUACUACUAUUGAGCUGAAUUCAUCUCAUAUUACAGUUCAUCACGCUCCUGAUUCUGAAAAAAGUAGAAAAGCAGCAUCACUGGGGGAUUUGUCUAGAAUUGGCAAUGAUCAGCCAAUAGUCGUCCUGGAACGGGCAGUAUCACUGGACCUCGCAGAUGGAACUCCUGGUGGAGGAAAGAAAAGAAAAGCUCCGUUACCUCCUCAAGAAGAAUUCUCAGAUGAUGGUGGAAUGACAUACAGUAAAGAAGCAAGAAUAGAUUCUGCAGUCCAUACAAGAUUAAAACAUUCCUCUGAUUUUGGUAGGCUAGAAGAUGCUGUUCAGUUGAAUGAACAUAUAUCUGAUGAAGAUUCAGACCAAGGAGUGAGUGGUCUCUCGACUCCAGAACCUUCUCUACAAAUGAUGAUCAGUUCAACUCCAAUGAAACAUGAUUUUUUUAUCCCUCCUGUGAGUCCAACCUCUGGACUGAGUGGACCAGCCUCAGGCCUGAGUGGAGUUCACGUCAGUCGCUGCAGCUGGGACCUCAGCGUCCCCGAGACCACGACAGAUCAAUUCGUAACAGCCAUCAAUGGGAACAAUACAGAGGAUGAAGACGACAUACCUCCAGAAUUGCCAACCUCCCCCAUACCGACUUACAUCACUGAAAUUCAAGUGGUCACUGCAAACAAAGAUGGUCCGCAAGGAUUUCUUGAAAAUGGUCAGAGUGAAUUAAUUGGCAGAGAUGACAUAUUUCCAAAAAACAUUCCAGAAAUGUCAUCUUUCAUGACAAACAGCAUCCACAAGCCUUUCUCUACCUUUACUAGCAACCCUUUUAGUGGUUCCACCAGACGAUCUGAGGUGAGUGUUAUCAACUCUAACCAGUCCGAUGACAUGAACUCAUUGCCGAGCUUGGCAAAUCUGUCUGAUACAAUGAUGACAGAGGUAAACCAAGUGUCAUUGAGUCAGCCGAACAGUCUCGAUCCGAUUUUACAAGGUGACCUCUCAAUGACCAUCAAGGAUUUGAGACCACCAGGAACACUGAUAUUCUCUAAUGAAAACAUGUCAGACGAGCAAAUCCUAGCCAUGAAGUCCUCCCCAGAGCCGAUUUUGAUUGACAUUAGUCAAAAUAAAACGACACAAGUUGCCAAACCAGCUAGAAGCAAUGUCAGUGUAACGUCCAUCAGGGCCGGGGGAUCUCGUAUCCCUAUUAGGGCAGUACCAGAACCGACCCAGAGGAAAACAAAAAGAGAAAAUUAUGUCAGUUUUUCUUCACUUAAUGUUUCUCCGGCUAAUGACAAAAGACAUACGAAUGGUUCAGGGGGGGGAAAACAGCAUCACACAUAUCGUCUUGGAUUCCCAGAAGUAAAUGCCAGUCGUAAGACUAAGCUCCUCAAAAUUUAA